UUUCCAAUCUCCAAUCGGACCCCUCCAUUUCCAUCUACGCGCCGCAGCGCGUCUACCACCAUUUCCAGGGAAAUAAUUAAUUCCAUUACCACAUAUCUACCUACCGAGGUACCUAACAUAGGUAGCAACUAGAACACAAAGGCUUCAUCUAAACCGAAGAAGGGGGCAAAGAAACCAGUAGUUAAACCAUCAAUUACUGUCGCUGUUUAUUUGACAAUGGCAUCCAACCAGCACUCACUUCAGCGCUCGACAACGCCGGCUGGAACCCGCGAGAAGACCUACUUCGAACAGCAGCGGGAGGCGCUGAUUGGUGAGAUAGCUAUGAGCUUCGAGCACGUCCUCGCCAACAUUAACAAGCUAAACCGGUCUCUCGAGGCCGUAGUCGCCGUUGGCAACGAGUUCUCGUCCGUCGAGGCGCUGUGGUCGCAGUUCGAAGGCGUCAUGGCGAAGGAUCCCGAGGAGGGUACACCCGAGGGCGAGGGGCAAGGACAACAGGAUCGGAACGAGAACGAGGGCGGUGAAUCAGCAGCAGCGGCUAGAAAAAGCUAAGAAAUAAAAUAAAAUAAAAUAAAAUAACGGAGUUUACUGCUGAGUACAAAUCACGAAGAUGAGGGGAUAAUGACCACGUAUAGGAUUAGGGAAAUGGGUGAUGAUUUAUCAUGACGAUACCCGCCAU